GGCACAGCGCUCUACUAGAAGUAUAGAACACCUCACCGUUUAGUAGGUAAGAGGUAACUGAUAGGAGCUGGGCCUACGGCCUGGUGAUAGAAUGGUCCAGGCCCAUAAUCAGUGUUGCAUGGAUCAAAAUAGAGAACUCGAAGACUUGAAAAUUCCGAUUCUCAGUUCGUCAGUUUCCAAAUCCCAGGAUAUUCGUGAGUUCAGUUCGUGUUGAAUUGCUGUGCUGAUACAUCCAGAUUGGCCGGAGAACUGAACUUUCCCUUCAGAAAUUCAGUACAACACGCGGCGGAGGUAAAAGUUUGCCGCUCUUUUAUACCUCCUGUGUUCUUGUUCUUCACCCAGAAAGAAUUCGACCAAGAAAACUCUUUUUUCUUACUUGGAAAAUGUUCCGCGACGUGAUUUCGUAAAAAGGGUCGGCUCAUGGUGUUUGGAGAAGAUUAAAGUUGGAGUCUUUUCCAGCUUUUGGAGGUAGAUUUUCAAGUACCCAUAAAUUGUGGUGGGGGAACGCUUUGUUCUUUGGUCUUGCUAAUCCAAAUCUCCCAAAAUCCUUUCCAAAAGGAGUAAAUGGGUUCUGAAGAAGGUAGGUCGGUGCAAUCGUGGAGCGUGUUUGAUAGGAUCAAGAAAUUCCCAUCUAGUCCAGAAGCGCUUAUGGCUGAGAUUGAUGCUGCAAUUACUAAAUUGGAGAGUGAGCGAUCCACUGCUCGGCUCGACUCUCUGUCGCCGCUCAACGUGAAUGGUACUAGUAAUACUAAGGGCUUUGACCAGCCGCCGACUGCUGCAGCUUCUCAAUACGAUGCCAGGAUUGCAGAUGAAGCUUACCGAGCUGGUUGUGCAGCUUUUGCCGUUGGGAAGCUUGAUGAGGCUCUUCAGUCGUUGACCGUCUCUCUCUCCAAGUGUCCUCCUGAGAAGACCUCUGCUGUUGCCAAGCUUCAGUCCCUCAUUUCUCAGACCUCUCAACAGCUUCACGAAUCGCCUUCUGUGACAGUUGAAGACGUUUAAUUUGAACUUUGAAGACUUCCAUUGAUGUCUGAUAAUGCUUAGGAUCUUUGUUGUGUGUGGAUUCUCAAUGUUGCUUGCCUGGCCACUGAGCAGUACAAUGUACAUGUUUGAUUGUUUGUGUUUUGAUGCCGGGCUAGAGUUCUGGUUGUUUGAUUGAUGGAUUGUGCAGAGAUGGUUUGUUCAUGUGACAAGAAUCUAUUAUUUAGCUAUGAAAUAGGAGUUUGAAUUCCAUAGGAGUUGUUCGAAGGAUGUAUCGUGAUAAUCGUCCGAUCAAUGUAUUUUGACAAUCUUUCCAUUUCAACUUAUCUGUGUACUUUCAAAACUCUGAACCAACUGAUCCUUGAUUCAACUUUCUUAAUUUCACGGCUGCUGUACCUUUACAGUCAGUACUGUGCAGAGUGCUGCUUGUUCAUAAGUAGGCCAACUGCUCUGAUAAUCCCUUUUUAUCUUCCACAAUCUAAUUGUGUAUGCCUAAAACUUAUCUGGUCAAAUUGCCUUAAAGUGAGACGUGAAGAAUCCACCUUCAGUGUUUGGUGGAAGAUAGCUCCACCAUAUCUUCCGCAAUAAAGGUUCUAUUCAUCC